AUGUUUUCAUUCAAUUUGAAGGCCCGUCCGAAUUUUACAAGGUCCCAGCAUCGUUUCAUUUCUUUACUUGGUACAUUGAAACCACCGCAAGGUUCUACAAAAACUUUUAAAAGGCUGGGUCGUGGUCCAUCAAGUAAUAAAGGUAAAACGUCGGGACGAGGACAAAAAGGUCAGAAAGCCAGAAGCAGCGUUAAACCGUGGUUUGAAGGUGGUCAAACUCCCAUAUAUAAACUAUUUCCAAAGAUAGGUUUCAAGAACGUUCAUGCCAAACCCUUAACUCCACUUAAUCUCGAGAAGAUCAUGUUGUUUCAUAAAAGAGGGCUUUUAAAUUUGAAAAAUGAUCAAGUCCUUGAUAUGAGAAAAAUGAGGGAAGUGGGAUUAAUAACGGGUAACAUUAAGAAUGGAGUAAAGUUAUUGGCCAGAGGACAAUUCAACUUUAAUCUCCCAAUCAAAGUAGAAGCUAGUGCUGCUUCUGAAAAGGCUAUAAGGGCAAUUGAGAAGGCUGGUGGUUCGUUUACCGCUAGGUAUUUUAAUACUCUAGGAUUUAAGGCCCAUUUGAAUCCUGGUUCGUUUCUGAAGAAAAGAGGCAGAAUACCGUUGCCCGCUAGACCUAUAAAAAGGAAAGAUAUUGAUUAUUAUAGUAAACCUGAAAAAAGAGGUUACCUUGUAGUGGAAAAUGACCCUUUCUUCCAAAAACUCAUGGAUUCGAAGUUGUCAUCAAAGAAAGUAAUAAGGAAAAAUCACAAAAAAGGUCCACUAGAAGUGCAAUUGGAAAAAUUAGGCAUUUCUGAUGCUCCGACUUCGAGUGGUUCAAAGAUAUUAUCACUAGAAGAGUUUAUAAAUGCUAACUAA